ACUGUUCUAUAGUGAUACCAGAUAUUCUACCUGCUCCUGUUGCUAAUCCCCUCACUUUUGGUUCGACUCAUUUUACCUUCUCCUGGUCACCAUCAACUGGUCAAUGUUUUAGCAAUUAUGCUGUUAGCAUUACUAGUUCAGUUAGUAAUGUUACAUACAUGACUAAUGAUACUAGUCUGGUUAUACCUAUAUCUGAAUCAUUUAAUGAUACAGAAUAUUCUGUUAGUGUAGGAGCUGUUGAUACUGGAGGUAGAUAUAAUAGCUCUGAAGUGAUGAGAUUUACACCUAAUGUUCCUUUAUCUGUUACUAAUCUGACAUUAACGCAAACUGAUUAUCCAACUGAUACUCAUGAAACUGUUAACAUCACUGUAUCAUGGAAUGAACCACAGUCAUCAUCUCGUCCUCCUAUAACUCAAUAUAAUUUUCAGUAUAGCAUUUCUAAUGAAAUUCAGAAUAUAUCAACUAAUGUUACUUCAUUAACUCUGUCUGGUUUUACAGUAGGAUCAGUAUAUACUGUUGGAGUAGCUGCUAUUAAUGUAUUAGGAGCUGGUACUGUUACAUCAGCUACAAUAAGUUAG